AUGAGAAUGAUGCCGAUUUUCUUCAUCGUGUUUACAGUGAUGUCUACGGAAGUUGAUAUAACGUGUUCGUCGACGUAUUGCUCAUCUUGCCCAUCAUCCCCGACACUGUGCGAGAGCUGUAUAGAUAACUAUAUCUUAACGAACAAGCAGUGUGUGUACAAACGAUUACUUGGGUGCGAGACGUAUGACCGAGAGAAACAAACAUGCACACAAUGCUCUUCUGGAUAUUCAUAUGAAUUUACCAAGAACGCAUGUGUUAAAGGUGUGGAGUAUUGUAAAAGCUUCAGUGGUACUAAAUGCACCAGUUGUUACGCCCCAUACAGUCUUUCCCCACAAGCAAAUAAGUGUGUUGACUGCUCUUCGAAGAAGCCGUACUGCUUGAAAGUGUCAAACACGCAAUGUAAAGUCUGUGAGUUGUGUUACCCUGGAAUGAAGUUAGUUGAUGGUGAUUGUGUUGAAGUGACCAAUUGCAGGACAUAUAAUGAAAUCACAUCAAACUGCACAAAAUGUGUUGAAGGCACGUACCUUCAAAGUGGUGAAUGUGUAGCUGGGGGUAUUCCACAUUGUUUAGAUUACGUCAAUAAACAACAAUGUAGUGUGUGUGAGAAAGGGUAUACCAUCAAGAAUGCUAUUUGUGAAAAGACGACCGACUGCAUUUUGUAUGAAGCGACUUCAACAAACUGCACGACGUGUGCUCAGGGCUAUGGCUUUGAAAAUGGGACAAAAGGAGUGUGUGAAAAGUGUGUUGACGCGCAUUGCCUUGUUUGCACUGAGAAUUCCACAACAUGCAAAUUAUGUGAAGAGAAGUACAACGCAUAUGAUGGUGUAUGUGAGACGUGCGAUGACGAACAUUGUCUUAACUGUAGAAAUGCAAAAGAUCAGUGUAUGAUGUGUAAGAGUGGGUACUACCUUUUUAACAACAAAUGUACGCCUUGUGGUGAUAAUACGUGCUUAACAAUUGCAGACUCUACACAAUGCGCUCGAUGUACAAAGAACUGUGUUUAUCGUGUAUUUCAAGGUGAAACCACUUGUAUUUUUGAGGAUCACUGUCAGUGGUAUUCCUCUGAUAAAAAGUGCUUAGGAUGUUUGAGUGGAUACAAUUUGACAGACGACGGGGCAUGUGCUGAAAAUGGAUGUAAAACAUAUAACACGGGAAAGUGUGUUGAAUGUAAUAAAGGCUAUUAUUUGACAAGUGGGUAUACAUGUUCCAAAUGUUCGUCAACAUGUUCAACGUGUACCAAUGCAGAGGAUCAAUGUGACAAUCUUCAAGAGAUCAAUACCAUUAACAAUUGUGCGGUGUACACGGAGAAGAGAGAGACAUGUGUGAUAUGUGAAGACAAUUACAAACUGAAUGCCAGCAAGUGCGAUUUCAUUGGAUGUGUUUCGACAUAUCCAGAUGGGCGUUGUGUUGUGUGUAGCACCGCAGAUGGGGCUGAAAGUUGGUUUACUGAUAAUGGAAAGUGUGUUCCAAGUUCUUCCGUUAUUCAUCUUGUGGUAGCCUUCUCUCUCUUAAUUUUAAUGGUCGUAUAA